AUGAAUGAGAACGCGGUUCGGAUUACAGAGCUCGUCUCGCGCUUGCAAAAAGAGCUGCGUUGUGGUGUUUGCUGUUCGACGUUCAAGGACCCAAUUAUAUCAACAUGCCAUCACGCAUUCUGUCGCGAAUGCAUCGAAGCAUGUUUUGCGAAAAAGCGUAAAUUGCAGUGUCCGAUAUGCCGCCAAGUUCUCGACAAAAGAAGUUGCAAAGAUUCGUAUCAAUUGACAAUGGCUGUUCAGAAAUACUUGAAGUUGUCAGAAGCAUUUAAAAAGGACAUCGAAAAGCAGAAAGUGUUCAAGGCAUUGCCGCCAGAAGUCAAAUUCUGUGAAAGUCAGGCUCCACUCGAUAUCACAAUUAUACCGGAAAAUGAUGGGAAAAGAGUCGCCCCUGAUUUCCUUAUACCAUCGCUUCCAACAAGAAAAAGAAGAAUUUCGAAACCAGCUCCAGCUCCAACUCCACCCCCUCCAGUAGUUGAAGCGGAUGUUCCAAAACCUGCCGAACUCGAGAUUCCUGCCAAAAAAGAUGCUUGUUGCGAUGCUCGUUCAUUCGAAUGGUCUCGAGACGAUUUUCGAGCUAUUAUUUUGGAAAACGAGGUGGCAAAGUGCAAAACAAACGCGAUCGACGAUAUCGAUGCACUUUUUGAACUGAUCCCAUCGGCAAAAUCGUUUUUCGAGAAGAAUAUUCAAAUUCUGAUGGUGAAAUUGGGCGUCCGUUCAUGUUUUGAGGAAGACAUGGAGGCGACGAAAGAGAAUAAGGAGACAAAACGACUAAGUAGUGUUGGCAGUGAUCGAAGAGUGACGUUUGGAAGGAUUCAGGAAUAUGCAUCGAAUACUCCGAACGAUUUGAUAGUUGAAGGGAAGCCGAAAAUUACAGAAAAAAUGCCCGUGAAUGUUGAUGUCGAAGAUGUUGACGAUGAUGAAGAUGUUGUUGUGGAUUCGGAGAAUGAAGAGGAGAAGUUCAAUAAUCCAACGAAUGUGUCACCAGUAGUAUAUGUUUCUAGUAGGCCACCAGGGUUGUCUGAACCAGAUGCAACUCAUAGAGAACUUCAAAAUGAGAAUGCUGCUCUUGAUUCGGAUCUUUCAAAAACUCCAAUAGUCAUUUGCUGCUCGAGAAUCAAGAAUGUUGAUGACGAAGUAGAGCUGUGCGCCGAUUUUCAUGAAUACUUUUUGUCAAAUAGUUGUCGGUUCUCGGAAACGGUCACAUCUGACACCACCCAUCUCGUUAUGAUGAAUAGCAUUGGUCGAAUGAUUCCGCAGAAAUCGCUUCAAUUUGUUUAUGCAAUCGCGAGAAAAUGUGUGAUCGUGAAUCGGGAUUGGAUGGUGGAUUGUGUCAAAAUGAGGUGUCUUCUCGCGGUGAAUGAUUAUACGAUUCUUUGGUGCCCGGAAUCGAUAAACUCUCGAGUCGAACCACCGGAGGAGAUUGAUAUGAAAACUCGGGAGCUAUUAGGUUGGGAGAAGGCAAUUUUAACCGAGGGAAAGAUUGAACUCUUCAGUGGAUUGCAGUUUAUGAUUCUUCGACGAUUCGCAUCAUCGCCGUAUUUGAAUUAUAAGGAUGUUAUCGAAUUGGUGACAUUAUGCGGUGGCGAGAUUUUCGACUCUUCAAUUACACCGAACCCAUCGAAAAUGGUUAUCGUUUUCUCGUCAAACUCACACGCACUAACGGAAGUCAAAAGCAUGGAAAAUACUUAUAAAUGUCCAGUUGUUACUUGCGAAUGGGUGUUGGAUAGCAUCAGCGAAUUCAAAUUGCUGCCAUAUAAAAAGUAA